CCCCCCAGGCGCUCCUCCUACUUCUGGCUGUGCAACGCGCUGGGCGUGUACUGCCCCGUGCAGUGGGAGUACGGGCGCCUGAACCUGCUCUACACCGUGGUCUCCAAGAGGAAGAUCAUCCGGCUGGUGGAGGCGGGCGCCGUCAGGGACUGGGACGACCCGCGGCUCUUCACGCUGACGGCCCUGCGCCGCCGAGGUUUCCCCCCCGAGGCCAUCAACAACUUCUGUGCGCGGGUGGGGGUGACGGUGGCGCAGACGACGAUGGAGCCCCACCUGCUGGAGGCGUGCGUGCGAGAGGUGCUGAACGAGCGCGCUCCCCGCGCCAUGGCUGUGCUGGAGCCCCUCCGAGUCACCAUCACCAACUUCCUCACCCAGAAGGCCCUGGAAGUUCUUGUGCCCAACUUCCCAGCCGACGAGACCAAGGGCUUCCACAAAGUCCCCUUCCAGGCCACCAUCUACAUCGAGCAGAGCGACUUCAGGGAGGUGAUGGACAAAGGCUACAAGCGUCUGGCACCUAGCCAGCCAGUGGGGCUGAGACACGCCGGCUACGUCAUUGCUGUCCAGAACGUCGUCAAGGACGCCGGCGGGCAGGUGAUGGAGUUGGAGGUGACCUGCACCAAGUCGGAUGCUGCGGAGAAGCCCAAAGCCUUCAUCCACUGGGUGUCAGAGCCGCUGGUGUGCGAGGUGCGGCUCUACGAACGGCUGUUCUUGCACAAAAACCCUGAGGACCCUGCAGAGGUGCCAGCUGGAUUCCUGAGUGACCUCAACCCCGACUCGCUGCGCGUGAUCGACGGCGCCCUGGUUGACAGAUCCGUCUGCUUCGCCAAGCCCUUGGACAAGUUCCAGUUUGAGCGGCUGGGCUACUUCUCGGUGGAUCCCGACAGCACAGAGGGGAAGAUGGUGUUUAACCGGACGGUGACGCUGAAGGAGGACCCCGGCAAGGUGUGAAGGAGCCGCUGCCGCCGCUUUGAUGGCUCUGGCUGUGCCCAGGCCCGUUCUGGGAGCGCCUGGUCCCUCCGGGCACGGGGAGAGUGCGACCCAUGAACAAAGGGCCCGGCCCACGCACGAGGGCCACAGCUGCCUUAACCAAACCCUGCGGGGCUGGCGCAUCUCGCCGGAAUAAACGAGCACUGGAGCUGCC